UUGUCGGCGCUCUGGACUUGUUGUCGGCGUUGUCGGCGAGCUGUCGGCUUUUAGUAGGACCGCGAAGGUUUGACCAGUACUUUGGUCUUAGACCCAGACGUGUUACCAAUAGACGGAGCCUAAAUUCGUACGUGAAGCCAGACUAAAGUGAAAAUGGCAAACAACAAACGAAUGGUCUACGUUGGAGGGCUGGCAGAAGAAGUUGAUGAGCAGGUUCUCCAAGCAGCGUUGAUUCCUUUCGGUGAUAUUCUGGACAUCAACAUCCCAUUGGAUUAUGAAACAGAGAAACACAGAGGCUUUGCUUUUGUGGAGUUUGAGUUUUCAGAGGAUGCAGCUGCUGCUAUUGAUAAUAUGAAUGAUUCUGAGUUAUUCGGGAGGACGAUACGAGUCAAUCUUGCUAAGCCAAUGAAGAUUAAAGAAGGUCAUUCUAAAGCAGUUUGGUCUGAUGACAAUUGGCUGAAGAAGUACGCUGGAGCCACGUUGAAAGCGCAUGACGAACAAGAAAAAGCAGAAGAGGGGGAGACAGGAAAAAGAGCAGCCACCGAUGCAGAUGAGUCUGCAGGUCCACCCCCCAAGAGGACAAAGGGCAACCCGCAUGUGUACUUUGACAUCAAGAUUGGGCCCAAGCAAGUUGGGCGUGUCAUUAUGGUUCUACGAGCUGAUAUUGUACCAAUGACUGCAGAGAAUUUCCGAUGUUUGUGCACGCAUGAGAAAGGCUUUGGUCUUAAGGGGAGUACAUUCCACAGGAUCAUUCCACAAUUUAUGUGUCAAGGUGGAGAUUUUACAAAUCACAAUGGAACUGGCGGGAAGUCCAUCUAUGGCAAGAAGUUCGAGGAUGAAAAUUUCAUUUUAAAGCACACACAGCCAGGGUUAUUAUCCAUGGCAAAUUCAGGUCCCAACACAAAUGGAUCCCAGUUCUUCCUCACCACAGCCAAGACAGAAUGGCUCGAUGGGAAACAUGUUGUGUUUGGUCAUGUGACUGAAGGAAUGGACAUUGUUCGGAAAAUGGAAAACCUUGGAGACAAAUCAGGAAAACCAAAGGAUAAAGUGACUAUUUUAGACUGUGGAGAACUUGUUUAGCCGUCGCUUUAUAAUGGAACUUGAGAUUUCGUUUUACCUCUGUGGCUUGUUACGGAGUUUUCUUGAUAACAAUCAUGCUGGAGGGGGUACUUUCCUCUAGACUUUUUGAACCUUGGAUUCUUGAAUCUUCAGUGGAUGGAGGAUUAUGAUAGGAAUAAGUUUGUGUUCAGACAUUUUGUCGACUCCUGACCAGCAAUGUGAAUGCACAAUGACUCAUUUACUCGAAUGACUCGUUUGGAAGCCUAGUAGUCACCAUCGUUACCGUCGUUUGGAAGCCUAGUAGUCACCAUAGUUACCGUCGUUUGGAAGCCUAGUAGUCACCAUAGUUACCGUCGUUUGGAAGCCUAGUAGUCACCAUCGUUACCGUCGUUUGGAAGCCUAGUAGUCACCAUCGUUACCGUCGUAUUCAACACUCCAUUACCUUCCACCUUUUCGCUAUAGUGUCAAUGGUUCCCCUCUGCGCUUUACACAAGUUGGAAUGGAACAGGCUAUUGGGACCAAGGAAGAAACCAUGGACAUGAGGCUGGUUUCAAAUGGUCGACCACAGUAGUCAACCAAUGGUUGACCAGCCUGUGUUUGAGUCAAAAUAGUCAACCAUUAGUUAACCCUGGUGCCCACUCGAACUUGCUCAAGAUUGUAAGAAGGAGUUUGACAGUCUUAAAGGACUCUAGUAAUGAACUUGUUUGUAUGAGUGAAUGCCAUCUGGCCUGUUUUUCAUAAAGACUGUCUGCAGAAUUGUAGCUUCUGAGCUAUGUUCCAAGGCUUUGCUUACCGUAAUAGAGAAAUCUGAGCUUAUAGGGUUUUAUAUAUUUUGUAGAUCAAUUUUUGGCCAUGACAUUAAUCCUUUCUCUUCUCACUGCAAAUGAAGAUGUUCACAAACAAAUAUCACAAAAAUUUGAAUCUCUGUCUUGACUUUCGAGAUUCAAAUGUGUUGACAGAAUGUUUUUUAAAAUUUUAAUCAACUCGACGAGAGAAAGGGAGACUUUAGAAGUACAAUUCUGCAGGAUGUUUACUACCGUUACUAUCUUUAUUGUAAGUAAGUAUUUUGAUAAACGUUAUGCAGUUUCUUUGUGGGGUUAAUACAUAAGUAUGACCCUAGCGUCUACGCCAUCUCAAAAACGCUACUACGUCUUGAAAUGAAAUUUUCACUAUGUAUACACAUCUACAUUUGUAUAAAGGAUGAGAACAAUAAAAUUGUUAAAAAAAACCAAAGUAUACUUCCCUUUAAAAAUAAAGUACAAAUCCAUUAAUUUGCUAUACUUUUUUCUAGACUUCUGAGCUCAGCAGUUUUCAGGAACAAAUUGAACUCUAAGAAAUAAAAUAAUGAUCACCAUUUCUUUAACUUAACUGCCAGUACUUGUGUUUAUUAUUUUUUUAAACUAGGCUAUUUUUGUAUAGAUUCUGCUGAAUGUAGGAAAAAGGUGACUCAAAACUUUAACUUCUAACUUCACGGAGCGUCUCAAAAGUCAAAACAGUAAGAAUGUUCUAAUCAGAUCGCAAAAGUAUUGCAGCGUGUGCAAACUGACUGUUCUGUUGAGUCACUUAAAUUGUGCCCAACACUUGCAAGACGGUGGUUAGUACUCACACGUCCGUAGAUAAGCACAACGCGCUUGCGCACCUGGUGCGGCGGGCUUCUUGUUUUUGGGGGCCGUGUGCCUAAAAUCCAAAAUGGAGUCGGGCCAUGCUUGCUGUUCGCCGCACAUGUGAGGAAGAAAAUUGGUCCAAAAAGGAGUGAAUUCGCUACAAAUUACCACGUGAGUAUUUCAAUUUGCACAAUCCACACUCAUAGAAACUUUUGUUGGAACGAAAGAAUCUAAAAAUGUCAAUUUCGCUAGUUUUUAUAUAUAAGAAAAGUUCGAACACCCUGUCGCCAGUGAUUUUUCUUGAGACAUCGCGGCCAUGGGCCGGGAGUGGGUGAGGGGGGCGGGGCUUAGAGCCGAGCACAACGAGUUUGUAGUUACGGAAACUGUUCGCCAAUAUUGUAUUUUUACCUGUGUGUCGUACUGCUGUUUUCUCUUGCUGUUGUCGGAUCUGUUUAGCCUGAAUGUGCUUUGAAUUUUUUAUAAAACUUUUUAAAAAUAUUUUUUAAUUAUAAUUGAACUGAAGUGUGCGACUGUGGGGGGAAAAGUUUC